UUUUAUUUUUCCACUUUUGUUUGGAACUCUAUUUUCUCCUAGCGAGUCACAUCGCUUGCUCAUCAGAGAGAGAGAAAAGGGGGUCCGUGCUUUGUUUUAAUUCUGAAUAAUCGGGGACGAUAACAUGUAUGCAGGCACAGGGCUGUUUUCCCCUUACAUGCACAACUUUUCUCAGGAUUUUCAGCAGUUUGAAGAUAGCUUUAAAACCCAGAAACCCGAUGCUUCCACAAAUAACUCCGUUCGGGUCUCGACGAUAUCCGAGUACGACCUCGGAGGAGAAGCUGAUCUGUUCAAAGCUCCGGAACCCAUCAUUGAAGAACUAGGUGACAUCUCAUUAAUGUCACAAGGACUCAAGGCAGCAGAUGUUGAAUCAAUCCAAAAUGAGCAGCUUUUAGAGGUUCUCUAUGGGUGUGAAAAGGAUAUGAUGGCACAAGCCGUGACAGAAACACCACUUCCCGACGUCCUCGAUCUUGUGAAGACCGACGAAAACCGAUAUCUUCUAAGCGAAGUGCACUGCGAUACCGAUAUGUCGUUACCGUUACAGAAGAGUGUCAGCUCGGGCUGUUUAAUCUCAAUGGAAUGGGUGCAAGGGGCUGUGAUCAAGCCUAAUUUUCUGGAUUUCACUCGAACGGAUUUUGGUUCUGCUUUCGGAAUGAGGAGAGCAUUUAGUGAAGGAGAUAUACAGACUCUUGGCAAUGGUAAUGUGAGUACCAUCCGCUCGCCUCCAGAUCGACCGAUAUUUCUCAGCAGCUGUUCCGCAGAGGAUCGAAGGGAAAAGCUUUCCAGAUACAGGAAUAAGAAGACGAAGAGGAACUUUGGAAGGAAAAUCAAGUAUGCUUGCAGGAAGGCUCUUGCUGACAGUCAACCGAGGAUCCGCGGAAGGUUUGCAAAGAUUGAAGAAUGCGGUAACUCCGAGAGGCAUUAGUUGCUUGAGUAAUAAAGUAAUGGCAAAAAUAUCAGUAGUGUCAAUUUGUCAUAUGGAUAUCUUAUACAGUUAAUGCUAAAUAAACCAGAAGUCAGUUCCUGAGAAAUAA